CCUCCUGGUUCAUAGGUCGAUGCUCAACUGCUUAGGGUUCUUAGUGACCAGAGGGAGGAGGCAGGCCCCUGAUGGCCAUAUCCCCCAAGAGGCUAGUUGACUGUUUACCCAUUUGGUGCCGAGACUGACAAAUGAUUAACCCCCUGGAAUCCCUGGUUUGCCCCCAGUUCUGGUCAGGAGUCCAGCCUUUGGAACUGCAGACUGGAAUUGUCCUCCAUCCUUCUAACCAGUGGGGCGGUGGGCCUGGCCUCGGCCGUAGGACCCUCCCUUGGGAGAGCAUGACGGAAACAGAUCAAGUUGUGGUCCAGCGAGAGUUGGCCUAUGGCCUGCGGAGGAGUUGCCACUGUAACCCUGGCACGCAGACCAGCCUCCUUUGCGCCCGGAUCUGUUUACCUUCAAACGUGAGGUGGAGCGGAGAUUUGCCAUCGAGGCUUGGAACUCUGGAUUCCCGGUCACCUCCCUUGUCCGGCUCCUCCCGGAUGGAACAAGAAGACAAACACGGUGUGUGUGAAGGCCCGGACUCAGAAGAUACAGGAAUGGGCUCUGAUUUUGAGAACUCCGAGGACAGGGAAGGGGACCCAGACGAGAGAGAAAUGGGUUCCAACGCACAGGACGCAGACAAGAGAGGCGGCCACCCGGAGCAGGAGAUGGGCUCUGACCCACGGGAGGAGCGGGAACUGGUGUCUGACAUCUGCACAGAGGGGCUGCUGAGUGAGGAAGAAGUUCUGCGGGAGGAAGAGGAUGGCCAGUCUGGAGUCGCUGCGGUGGCCGUGUUCCCAGGACUGUCCGAGUCCCACAGCACAUCCCGGAGCCCCCGGGAAGAGGAGGAGCCGCCGCCCCCACCGUGCGGCAAGGGCUUCGGCCGCAACUCGCACCUGGUCAACCACCUGCGCGUGCACACGGGCGAGAAGCCCUUCCGCUGCGGCCAGUGCGAGAAGCGCUUCAGCGACUUCUCCACGCUCACGCAGCACCAGCGCACGCACACGGGCGAGAAGCCCUACACGUGCAUCGAGUGCGGCAAGAGCUUCAUCCAGAGCUCGCACCUCAUCCGCCACCGCCGCAUCCACACGGGCAACAAGCCGCACAAGUGCGCGGGCUGCGGCAAGGGCUUCCGCUACAAGACGCACCUGGCGCAGCACCAGAAGCUGCACCUGUGCUAGGGCCGGGCGCAGGGGGCUGCGCUCGCGGGAGCUGGCGGGGUGUAAGUAUCCCGGGGGCAGGCCCUGCAGAAAGGCAUGGGAAGGGCGGGAGGGACAAUCUGAGAGUGACGGGGGUGCUUUUGGUGUUAGGGGGCCCUGAGGGGAGCGUUAAGAGGUGUUCUUUUGGUGCUACGUUUUGGGGACAACGAAGGAAUGUUUUGGAGAUGUGCUUGGGCGUGCCGAUUCCCUCCAACACUCUAGGAGCUAAGCGGGCACUUUGAGGACCCUGAGGAAAUGGGGUUCGGGUGCGGGGGGGACAGGGUGGCAGACAGAGUAGGUUGGGCUGCGAUGUUCUGUGGGAAUCAGGAGAGCCUGUGGUUGGAGUGAGGGUCAUGGGGUAAAAGAAAAGGUGGGUGUGAAUAAUUCUAUCCUGGUUGUACCAGGUGUGAAGCCACCAUUUGCCCUGCCCUCCCGCCCCCCAUCAGCUCGAGUCCCACGAAAAGCAGAGGAACCCUGCCAUCCUGCGGGAGGGUAUACCGGACGCUCUCCUGUCUGAGCCACAGUUAGCUGCUGUUUCGGGGCAUCCAGGGGAAGCUGGGCAGAAAAGCUGCACACCCUCAUUUCAAAGGUGAAAUUCAGACAUUCACUCAUAACUGGUUUUCAGAUCUAGGGAAUCUGGUUCUUUGCGGUUUCCUUUGAAACAUCCGGGUUUCGUGCUGGGCCAAGGUGGUCUGUGGUGAGCAGGCCCUGCCCCCAGGGCCAGGUGUGCGCCUGGCUCCGUGUUUCUUUCAGGUCUCACUCGUGACCUUCUACCUGCAGGGACAUGGAACCAUCCCAGCUCUGGGCGCCUUUCCCUUUCCCGGGUCAGCUGGGUGCUUAUUUCAAGUGAACCUCAGACCAUCCACAGUGGCCCCGUGACCUGCUACAAAAGUCAACCUGCUCAAGAGCUUUGCAAAAUUCACAUGUUGGGGUGCAAGGCUCCUUUGUCUCAUUUGCAUUUGCUUUGUACCCCCCUCCCCUGUAGUGAUGGGGGAGCUCACGGAACCCCCACCUUCACUCCUGUUGACCUGGGCUCCCGUCUGAGUAGAAACUUUUUUUUUACACGAAAGCACAGUAGAAAGCUCCAGGCUUUAUACAAGGAGGGCACAAGCAGGGAAAAGUGUAAAUGCAAAACUGCCAAGUAGCACAAGCAGUGAAUGUUUUCUGGUGGUUCUACAAAUGCCAAACUAGCACUUUUAUAUUUGUAAAGUGCUUUAUGCUUUUUAAUGAUUGUCAGUUGCUCCUCAAAUCUCUGUGAGGUGGAUCAGUGUUAUGGCCCCUGUCUUGGGGAGGGCCUGGGGACAAGAGUGCCGAAGGCUGCUCUGAGGAGAGGCUGUGACAGUGUGGACAGCUGUGGUCUGACCUUUGUGCUCUCAGCUGCUAGGAAGACUUACCGUAGUGAUUUAUAUAACGAAACAAGGACACUGAACAUGCGUAUGCGUGACGGGACACUGAAGGGUAGCCUGGAAGGGCCACAGAUGUCCUCACUGACAAAGCUGGUCUUUGUCGCAUCAGUAGGGUGUCCUCGGCAUGUUACAUGUCCUGGGGGGGUGUGGUUAGAUGACUCUGGUGUAGAUUUCAGUUCCCUGGGCUGAGCCCCUCCCCUGGGUUAGCCUCUAGAAGUCAGAGUGGUGGGAAGCAGCCUGGUUUUCUCACUAGCGAUGGGUACCCUGUACUUUUCACGGAAGCAUCUUCACAAACUGUUGGAUACACGUGAAGGGAAGACAACCACAAGGUUGUUUUUACAAUUCAGCAAAUUUUCUGGGGAUGCCGGUCAUUUAUACUUGAUUAGUUGUAUUCUAGCAAAGACCCUCCUUGGGGGGCUGUAGGGAAGCAUGUUCAUGUCAUUAUAAAAACACCUUUUUAAAAGAAUCCUGAGAAUUCUGGGCUUGUGUGAUGCUUGUUGAUCUUGCCCUCUUAAUCAGGGGAUUGUUAUUCACAAAUGCAACUAGAUUUUCAAAAUAUAGUUUUGGAAGACACGGAUUGUUCUUUUAAAAUUUUCUUUUAGUUGAGAGUAAUACGAGCAAAGCAAGUGUCCGUUAUUUAUUCUGAAUUGUAUGGUCUAUGAAGUGUAUGAGACUCACCUGAAAAUAAUAUGGCCCAUUUGUAGGUAAUCUUGUUCCUUUUUCCAUGCACAUCUACCUCUCCUGGCUGUUUUAGGUUCUCUCAAGUCUGUGCCUAUGAAAUCGCAUCAAACGUUUGCUUUUUCAUGGGUUGACUCUCCACUUUAUGGGUUACUUGGCCUUUUGCUGCCAUUUGCACAGUCGGGUCCACGUCAAUUACGUUACCUGUUGGCAGCUUUUGAGAAAGGCUUCAAGGGGGAGAGGAGAUGGAAGUUAAUGUAAUUUAGAGGCAGUGGGAAUCUUUGGGGUUCAUUGACCUCUCUUGUUCUUUCUGUUCCCGUGGCUAAGAAGAGACAGCUACUGCUCCCGGGUCCCCUCCGCGAGCAGACCAACCAUCAGCACCCACUCUGACAGUGCAUCGCAAAUGUGAUUCCAUUUUUCUUACAAUUCUUCAGGGAACAUAUCUGCAUUGAGUGAAAUGAAAUGUGUUCAGGGGUUGGUUUCUUGGAUUUACUUUUAGAAUAAUAAUGUUUCUCAAGCAAACCCUGUUUCCUGUGGUUCACCCUUACAAAUGUUAAUCGGAAGACUCCGUCUACCAGCUCAUUACGGAAGCUGGAGGCAAGUGUAUCAUUUGCUUCCUGGGAGUAUGGUCCAGUGCAGGCUGCGCUUUGCUGAGCAGAAUCCGGUGCAGAGUAAACAGGUGAAAUGGCUUGUUGCCAUCGGGAGCUCCGAGUUGGAAGGAGAUGACUGGUGAACCCCUUGAGCCGCGUGGCUGUCCGUAUGUGAAAAAGUGCAAAUGAAGAACCUGUGUUCACAGACCAUCGGAACUGAGCUUCUGAAGUUUGUGCGCCCCUCCCUUCACUGUGAUGUUACUUUACAGCUGAUUGUUCAAAUAGUGAAUAAUUUAAUGACCCUAAAAGUAACUGGUUUUGUGUGUGUGCUUGUGUAUGUGAGAAUUGCCUUAUUUUCCCCGGUGGUUUUAUUUAAUGAUGGCUCCCUGGACAGCAUUCUGGUGUUCAAGCAGCCGGUAUGGAAUAUGUGUCAUUAAAUCCAUGUCAGUCUUUCA